UGCACUGUUCCCGUAGGCUCUAACAUCUCCUGAACAUGUCUUUUUUCCUUGUCGUGUUUGUCUACGUGCUUGGCGGAAUCACGUUUCUCCCGCUAGUGCUUGUCGGCGCGUUUUUCUUCUUGCGUUGGUACCUCCCAGAGUACCAAGAGGACUGCCACCAGCCGUUGCUAAGCCAUGCCAUUGACGAGUCUAGCGAUGAAUAUGAUUUGGACUUGAAAGCCGGGGAGUUUGAGGAGUCCAACGAAUCAGGUACCAACGCUCACAUGUCUGGCUGGAUAACCGUCACCACCGAGUACUUUCCCUCGGUCAUGGAUGUCACAAACCCCCCAGAGGAAAAGUCUGCUUACAAUACGAUACACAAGCUUGUAAAGCCCGCAACAGUCCCAGAAACCGCCCGGCCACAUCAAAAAGCAGCCAACCCUCCCCCGUUACAGAAAGCUGCCACGUCAGCCACCCUCACGGACAAGAAAAAGGCAAAAAAGCACACAUACUUUGCGGUGCUCAGACACGGAAAUCUCUUUCUUUACAAGGAUGAAGAACGAAAGGGCGUACAGCACGUGAUUGUGUUGGCGGGACGCGUCGUUGCGAUCUGGCCGCGUGCGCUUCUCGACGCGGAGUUGUUUACAAAGCGGUCCGCGAUCUGCAUAAUGAAACACACGGAGGCGGUAGGGAACGGGGUAGAUCUUGCGCUGCAGUCAACGUGGGAGGCGUUGGCCACGAAGGAUAACCUGAAUCCGCCGCCACCAGAGUCGCACUUUAUUUACUGUGAGAAUAACUGCAAGAAGGAGGAUUGGUACUUUGCCUUGAUCAGAGCCACCAAAAAUGCCAGAAGUGAAGCUGAAGGUACCUUCAACUCCAAAGACAGAGAGGCCGAAAGCAUUACCAGAGACCCUCCCUCUACUAUUGUCAAACGAGAGACUGACAGCAGUUCUGGGGAUGCCAGCUUCUCAUCUGGUGUAUCUACCAGAGAAGGCACCAACAUUGGUUUUGGCUCUGACGGCUCUGGCUCUGGUAUUUCCAGGAAAACAAGCACCAGCACCCUUGGCACCGCCUCUGCCAUCUCUAGAAAAGUCAGUAACGGGGCCAUCGGAAAUGUUCCUGGCUCUGGUAUUACCAGAAAAGCCAGUAGUAAUACCCUCGGCGGCGCCUCUGCUAUCUCCAGAAAAGCCAGUAGCGGAGCGAUCGGGAACGUUCCUGGCCCCGGUAUUAUCAGAAAAGCCAGUAGCAAUACCCUCGGUGGCGUCCCGGGUAUCUUUCCCGGGGUUUCUCCUUCCAUCUACGCCAACACUCUUCACUUUAAAACAGUCCACAUGCUUUCUCUCAUCCAGACGCUCCACAGCUCCGAAGGCCAGCUCCAGACCAAGUGGUUGAACGCGCUCAUCGGCCGCGUCUUCCUCUCGCUCCAGGGAACGCUCUCGUUUGAGGCGGCGAUCCGCGCAAGGAUCGAGAAGAAGCUCCUGAAGAUCAAGAAGCCCGACUUCCUCAGCGACUUUGAGAUCCGCAAGAUCAGCGUCGGCGACUCCGCUCCCUUCUUUAGCUACCCCAAGCUCACGGAGGUUCUUCCCGACGGCACCAUCGCUGCGAAGGUGCACGUCACCUAUACGGGGAAUCUCUCAGUGCAGAUCGCAACCAAGGCGACGCUCAACCUCGGGACACGCUUCAUGGCGAAAGAGGUCAACUUGGUGUUGGCCGUCACGUUCCGGCGCGUCGAGGGCAACCUCGUGCUCAAGAUCAAGCCGCCGCCGUCGGGGCGUGUCUGGUACGGCUUUGAGACCAUGCCCAAGCUCGACUUUUUGGUUGAACCCGUGGUGAGCUCCCGCCAGAUCACGUUCCAGGUAGUUACCAACGCGAUUUCCAACAAGUUCCGCGAGGCGAUCAAGGAGAGCAUGGUGGUACCAAACAUGGACGACUUCUGCUUCUACAACACCGAGGAGGAGAUCUACCGAGGCGGGAUUUGGGACCCCGCGGUACCGUCCGACCUAGGCCACGAGGAGGUGGAAAUCAUCGAUGAAACCAGCAGUGUCGACUUGGAAACAGAUGAUGUGGAGUCACGGUAUUCUGUGGCAGAUUCAGUGAUCAGUACCGAGACCGCCGAGAGCCAAGAGCGGAAGCCGCGGUUCGCUCAGUUUGCUGACUCGUCCAAGAAGCUCGCCAAGAGGUUUCGGGGCUCUCCAAAGCGGAGCGUGGCCGAGGAUCUCCAGCCCCCACGUGCCACCGAGGAGCGUGUCCCCCUUUCGCCUUUGAAGAAGUUGGGUAUGUGGUAUGGAGCGGAAAAGAAGCUAGAGGCUAUACCUGUUGCUGCUCCAGAGAUGAUCUCCUCGCGCCGCGCCCCGCGCGGAUCCUUCACGGAGAUUACCAUGGGUGCGCCAGAAGUGCUGGGUGAGCUCACGCAGCCUGCAUCACCCGCGGCGCAGUUCUUGCGUCCACGUUCGCGCGAGGGCAGUUUCACGCUGGAGAGACCAGCGAUGGAGGAUCCGCCUGUGCUUCUGAUGGCAGUGCCGCGACCGGGCUUCCAGAAGAGUUCUCGCAGCGCGUCGCCGUUGCGCAAGGAGCUGUCGCUAUUGCCCCCAUUACCCCCAAGGGCUGCGACAGAUCCCACCUUGACGCCUCCCCAGAGAAUGACCUCGCGCAGAAAACCCCCACCGUCACCGCUCUUGGCCGCCAUGUAUGACCCAGAUACGAUUCCAUCGCCGAACGUAGAUGCUGAGCCCAUCACCCCGGUGAUCAAUGCGAGGUUCCCGCGGGAAUAGGUCUAGCUUUAGUUUUAUAGCGAUGGCUAGUGCGCUUAUAAGACUUGCUUUGUGAUUUCCAGACUGGUUCUGAAUGGAAUACAAGUCGGGGGCGUAUAAACCAGGACAUGUGGGUUCCCUCGAACUCUUUGACCAGAAUUUCUAAACUAUUCUCUUAAUCGAGACACCCGUUGUACCCGCACACAGCAAUUCCCAUCUCGUUCUGUGUAUCAUUCGAUAAGCAACCUGUCAGCUCCCAUAGAGGCACUUUUGGCAUCACGGAGGCCCUUCAUUUCACUUUUAGACACUCUUAAUUUCAACUCUUAAUAUCUCAAAGCCCCAAACUUCGUUACACUCUAAAGCCUUGUUGUAGCUUCACUUAAUUGUUCUUCCUUCACUGGUGAUUUUUCUUCUGGUGUCGAUUAACGCUAGCUCUGGUAU